UCGAUUUACACGUGGCCGACUAAAUCCCAUAGGUCCUCUAUCUCUCCCGUCAUCCUCACUCACGGAGGCGAAUCCCAGCCAUCCGCUUCGUCUCUCUCCCUCACUCCGAUGGCCGCCUCCGCCAGCCUCCGCCUUCUCAACCUUCUCCCCGGCCCCAAACCAUCCUCUGAACGUAAGCAAUCCCCCAAGCUAUCUCUUCACGAUCGAGGCCGACUUUCUACCACUGCCCCUGCUCCCUUGCUGCUCUCCUUCGUCCAGUCUGUUCCCCUCCCCACCACCAUUGCUGCCGGCGCGUUCGCCUUCUCCUUGCCAUUCUUCCUCGACCCUCAGGAUGCUUUGGCCGUGGAAGGGCAGUUCGGGAUCCUUGAAGGGAGAAGCUUCGCUUUGAUCCACCCCAUCGCCAUGGGCGGCCUCUUCUUCUACACUCUCUGGGCGGGCUACCUGGGCUGGCAAUGGCGCCGCAUCCGGACCAUCCAGGACGAGAUCAACAAGCUGAAGAAGCAGGUUGCGCCCGCUGCCGCCCCCACACCCGUCCCCGCUGGAGCCGACAGCGGAGCUCCACUGCCGCCGCCAUUGGCAGCUCCUGCUCCCUCUCCUGUUGAAUCAAAGAUUCAACAACUUACCGAGGAAAGGAAAGCGUUGUUGAAGGGUUCGUAUAGGGAUCGGCACUUCAAUGCGGGCUCCAUACUGUUGGGUUUCGGGGUGUUGGAGGCCGUGGCAGGUUGCCUUAACACCUGGUUCCGGACUGGCAAGCUCUUCCCAGGACCUCAUUUGUUUUCUGGUGCAGGCAUCACAGUCCUGUGGGCAUUAGCGGCGGCACUUGUGCCAGCGAUGCAGAAAGGAAGUGAGACGGCUAAGAACUUGCAUAUCGCCUUGAACACAGUGAAUGUUCUUUUGUUCAUAUGGCAAAUCCCGACUGGUAUAGAGAUUGUCUACAAGGUGUUCGAGUUCACCAAAUGGCCAUGAAUUGACAACAAAUUAAUUCUUAAGAUUAUUCGGGCUCCAUCGGCCUGUUUUUAUUCAACUGUAAAGAUCAGCACUAAGGUUUAUUGCAAUACUCACAUCUUUGUGAUUUGCUCCGAAUGUGUUCUGGUUAUAUACUCUUGAGGAAACUAGUACAUAAAUAAGUUUUCAUGCCUUAA